AUGUGGCUAAUCAAAUACACCACUGAGCCCAAAGAUGACUCAGAGCCUCAGGAUAUUCUGCGAUGGAUCCAACCAAAUGAAACGUUUACUUUUGGAAGAGGUGAACGUGUAACUUUUUCAACUCAUAGUUCAAAAGUGUCAAAGCUUCAUUUACAAAUUUCAAUACUUCAAUCAAUUAAUAACUCUUCAGACCUUUCUCAAUUGAAGUUAUUAGUGGAUGGGAAAUUCACAUCGAUUGGUCAAGAAGUUAUAAAUAAAAGGCUAUUACCACCUGAAGACCUAGAUAAAUCAAUUGAAAGAAUCUUAUCAUCAUCAACAACCAUUGUAUUGGGGAAAAGUGGUAAAAGAUAUGAUUUUAUCAGAGAACCUAUAAUUUUCAACGUUACUGGAUGUCCUGACAAGUAUUUGAGAAAAUUAAAAGAUCUUGAUAUCAGUUAUAGUUCACAAUUUCUAAAAUAUACUACACAUGUUGUUUGUUCAGAUAUGAAAGUUUCCACAACUACAUUGAUGGGCAUGUUGAAAGAGAUUGCAAUAAUAACACCAAGUUUCAUAAAUUCAAUUGAUCCAAAAGCAAUAGGUCAAGAUUUUGAAACCAAUUUCCCAAAUAUUGAUGAUUUUUUACCUGAUCCUAAUGCAAAGAUACGACAUGGAAGAUCCACUAUGUUUAAAGAUAUUUUGUUUGUUAUGGUUGAAGGUGGACAGAGCACAAGGUUCAAGAAUGCAUUGGAGGCUGGUGAGGGUCAAGUGUUAAUCCUCCAAUUGAAUAAAGAUACAUCAAAGAAUGAAUUAGUCAAGAUAAUUGAAGAUACAUUGGGUGGAAAACAACUUGUUUUCAUAUCAAUGAUUUUCCAAGAUGAAGAUUUCCUCAAAUCAGUUGUUGAUCCAAGUACAAAGGAAUACAAUAGUUCCAAAUUAUUGAGUGAGCUUGCGAAAGGCUUCCAAAAAUAUGAAGUUACAAUGGAGGAUAUUUUCAAUGCUGUUAAAGAUUUCAACACUGAUUCGAUUCUAAGGACAAGAGUUGCCAAAUCAGAGAUUCAAAGCUCAUUACCAGAAGAUCAACCUCCUUUGAAGAAGCAAAAAAUGAACAGAAAGAAAAAACCACAAAUUAAGCCACUAGACAGUUUAGAUUUCUUUGCAGGUGGUGGGAAAUUCGAAUCAAGUCAAACUCAACCUAAAACUCAAGUCUCUGAAACUCCUGAGGAGAACCUUGAUGAAGUUGAAGAACCUCCAAAGAAGAAAAAACAAAGAAAUAGAGUACAAAGUCUAGCUAAUCAAAUGCUUGAUACAAAUUUCAAACCUAGCAUGAAUUCAAUUCCUGAAAGUAAUGAUAAUUCAACUGGAUCACUAGCACCAUCAAAUGAACAACCACAACCACUAGUUCAAGUUGAAGAAUCAAUACCAAAAGAUGAAGAAGAUAAGGAGAAUAUUCAAGAGCCUUCAAAAGUGGAGAAACAGACGUCAUUCCAUAAUGCAGUCAUAAAUGCAAAGAAAUCUGCAAAUCAAAGAAUCAAUACACAACUAGGCUUGGAUGAAAUAGUCACACCAGAUGCGAUUGAUCAGUUACAAAAUUUAGCAAUUGUGGAAGUUACUAAUAUACCAAUGAGACAACAAAAAACUUCAACAACACAAUCAACAAAUCCUCAAUGGGCUGGUAGAAAAAAUUUCAAGACUUUUGUCAAAAAUGGUAAAUCUAGAAUAGCUUCAAAAGAUCAAAGUUUUUUAUAUACCAGACAAUUUGUCCCUUUGAAAAGUUUUGACCCUAAAUAUCCAAACAAUCCAGCUGAUGAGCUCACCAAAGAUUUUGAAAAACAACAAGCUCAACAGGAUCAAGUUCAAAGUGAUGAUGACGAGAAUCCAGUUGAGUCAUUUGCAUUUAGAAAUGAUUUGAGACAACCAACAAUGGUGGAUAAAGAUCAGCCUGCUACUAGAAGUAAACUAUUUGUUGACCAAGAUUCGGAUUCAGAGGUGGAUGAUGGAUUGAAUAUGGAUGUUAGAAGAGAUGAAGUUUCUAAUGUUCCUGAAUUUAGAAGACGUCAAGAGGAGGAACCUGUUGAAUCUGUUAAGCAGAAAAAGGCAAUUGAGAAGCAGAUUCCUAUACAAGUCGAUGAAGAUGAUAGUGAUGACGGUGAUGAUGACGACGAUGACGAUGAUACACCAAAGUUUAGAUUCAGAUCUUGAAUUACCAUUUCGAAUCUUUAUUUGAUAUUUUCGUGUAGUUUGGCAAAAUAUUUUUUCAGUUUUGGC